AUGGAGCCUCACCAAGGACGACAAUUCCUACGGCGUCUCCAAGAGACACCUCACCGGCACUCCCACUUCAUCGAGGACGUCGUCCUCUCCGGAAGCUGGGACGGCGAGCUCUUCCUCUGGGUCCUCGCCGCCGGAGUCUCCACUCGCCGAUUCGUUGGACACACCAAAGACGUCCUCUCCGUCGCUUUCUCCCUCAAAAUUGGUGAUUGUGACAUCAAAAUUUGUUAUAUAGUUGUGUAUGUGGAUAUGCUUUUUGAUUAUCUAUGA